UCCUCGUUCUCGUAUAAUACGAAAUAUUUUUCGAUUAUCGUAUCGUUAAUUGAAAGUAAAUUGAGAAACGGUGAAAAUGAGUUCGUCCACGAUCGAGAACAGUGAAUAUAGUGACUAUCGGAGUCCCUUGGCAACAAGGUACGCCUCGAAGGAAAUGCGAUAUAAUUUCAGCGAACAAAAUAAGUUCAGCACGUGGCGAAAACUAUGGAUUUAUUUGGCCAAGGCAGAAAUGGAGCUGGGCCUGGCCAUUACCCCUGAACAAAUCGCGGAAAUGGAAGCCCACGUGAACGACAUCGACUUCGACGCAGCGGCGAAGGAAGAAAAGGCCACCAGACACGACGUAAUGGCUCACGUCCACGUUUUCGGGAAUCAAUGCCCGAAAGCAGCUCCCAUAAUUCAUCUGGGGGCGACAAGUUGCUACGUCGGUGACAACACGGAUUUAAUCGUUCUUCGCCAAGGAUUCGAUAUCCUUCUUCCGAAAUUGGCUAAUGUUUUGUCGCGCCUCGCCAAAUUUGCGAUGAUGUAUCGGGAGUUGCCAACAUUGGGAUUCACUCAUCUUCAACCUGCGCAACUUACAACUGUUGGAAAACGAGCAACGUUGUGGCUGCACGAUCUUCUGAUGGACGAGAGAGCUAUUCGACGAGCCAGGGACGAUCUGAAGUUUCGAGGCGUGAAAGGCACGACCGGCACCCAAGCAUCGUUCCUUCAGUUGUUCAAUGGCGAUGGAGAAAAGGUGAAGAAGUUGGAUCGGUUGGUAACCAAAAUGGCGGGAUUCGAGAAGUGUUAUCCUGUAACGGGGCAAACUUAUAGUAGAAAGGUUGAUGUGGAAUGUUUAAACGUUCUAAGUUCCUUAGGAUCCACUGUCCAUAAGAUAUGUAGCGACAUUCGGUUGUUGGCAAGUAUGAAAGAAAUCGAUGAGCCAUUCGAAAGCACUCAAAUUGGAUCAAGUGCAAUGCCAUACAAAAGGAACCCAAUGCGAUCAGAAAGAUGUUGCAGCAUAGCAAGGCAUUUGAUGUCGUUGGUUAACAAUGCUUUACAAACAGCAGCUACUCAAUGGAUGGAAAGAACAUUGGACGACUCUGCCAAUAGAAGAAUUACCCUUUCUGAAGCAUUUUUAUCCGGGGAUGUGAUUUUAAUGACACUUCAAAAUAUUACAGAGGGUAUGAUCGUUUAUCCCAAUGUCAUUGCCAGGCACAUCGACCAAGAAUUACCUUUCAUGGCCUCAGAAAAUGUGAUAAUGGCUAUGGUAAAAGCUGGAGGUGAUAGACAGGUUUGUCACGAGAAAAUAAGAGUGUUGUCCCAAGAAGCAGGUGCACAGGUGAAGCAAUAUGGCAAGGACAAUGAUCUAGUCGAGAGGAUUAAGAAGGAUCCUUAUUUCAAACCGAUCCUCGAUCAAUUGGACAAUCUUCUAGAUCCACGAACUUUCGUUGGCAGAGCACCUGAACAAGUCAUUGAAUUUUUAGAAGAGGAAGUUCAACCUGUGCUCGAAAAUUACCAAGGACUCUUAGAUGAAAGCGUGGAACUCAAUAUUUGAUUAAACUUGAAUUUUUUUUUAUUUUUCGCAGGAUUUUCUUUUCUAAUCCUAAUUUUUUAAUUCUUCGAUAUAGAAUUUUUUAAUUCUUUUCUUCAAUUUUUAAUUUUUUAAUUUUUUUCUUUUUUUUUUUUAAUUUUUUCCCUGCUAUUUUUACGUAUUUCGAAAGCAAAACAAAGCGUAUACAAGAUAUUGUUAUUAUUUGUAAACUUUACAAAGAUCAGAACUGAAUAAAAAUCAGGACAAUUGUAAAAUUGGAUUGUUUCGCAAUUAGGCGCACGCUUCUUUCGCACUGAACGUUUUCUUCUUUUAUUAACCCUUUCGUCAUGAUUCUUUGCCAAUAUCUUACAAUAUAAAAAUUGAACGAAACAAUUCCGCAAAAAUAUAUCAAUUAAGAAUACUAGAUAGAAAUUUUAUUAAUAUAAAUUGAGGGAUGAUUUUAAUCUCUUUUAGAAUAGAUCAAGGCUUUCUUGCACGAUAAUUAAUUUACUAAUAACAUUGAAUUGAUAAAUUACAAGUUGUAAAAAAAAUCACUUCAAUUUUACAUGAAAUAUGAUAAUCAGUUAAGUUAUAAUUUUUAAAAUUUAAGUAAUAAUCUCUGAAAGCUUAUUUAUUUUAAUAAACGAUAUGAAAUAGAAUAAUAACUUGUAAUUUCCAACUUGUAAAGUUUCAUUAGUAAUAAUUAGUUCAAUUGCGUGCAAGAGAGAUGAUCAGCACUGGAUAAUUGGAUAAUCAUCUUUAAUAACGAAAGGGUUAAAAUUAUCGAUUUAUAUCUCUACGAUUCUCUAUUAAAAACUUGUCGAAAACGUAGCUGCUGUGAUAGCAAAAGAAGAAUCGAACGAGAGAAGAAAAGAAGAAACUUUUUAAAAGAGUCGUCAAUUUUCAUAUUUACACUCAAGAAGGGAAAAAAAGAAAAAAAGAUAUGGAAGAAUAAGAGAUAGAGAGAUGAAGUAAAUUAUUAUAUGACAAGAAUAGGUAGAGAAGAAUAUGUAAAAAGAAAGACAGAGAUGUAGAGACUGAUUGUUUAUUGUAAACAGAUAGUCAAGGCACAGUGGCUAACAGUUGUUCGAUUCGUUUUCUUAUUUUUUUCUAAUUUGUAAAAAAAUUAAUAAAUUUGUAAAAAAAAAUACGUACAUCUUUCUCUUCAAAGAAAUAGCAAAUAGAGUGAAGAAAAAAAAAAGAAACAAUCAAGCAACUGUUAACUUACAACGAGAGAUUAAAGUUAACUUUGUAUCCUGAAAAAAAAAAGAAAUUUUAUAUUAAUUCGCAAGAUAUACGUGAAUGGAAAUACGUGAUUACAGUCUCGUGUACAUAUUUAGAUUUAAAUGACUAUAGCACUUGAGAAUCACAGUAUGAGAAGAAUUACGCAUUGUUCUCGUUGUUUAUAGUUUUCGUAGAAUAGAUCCAGGUAACGAUAGGUGGGAAGACUAGACUAGAAGUGAGAGAAUAUAAGAGGAAACGCGGUUUCCUGAUCGAAAAUGACGCAACAUAUGCACUUCCGGUUUUUAAUGGCGCAUCUUUUUCCUUGAAUAUUUAGAUUGUUCUUUCAAUACAUGGAGAAGUAUUGAGUGUUGAAUUCAAGAUGGUUUUAUCGACAAGUAAAACAGAAAUGUAGACAGAAA